UCUUACCCUGCUCACGGCCUCGUGAAAGGUUCUGAUAAUCUUUUCGCAACUAUGAACAUAGAAUCUUGGUGUACAGUGGAACUCAAUUCUAAGCAAGACUGGCUGCGAGCAAACAGGAAACACAACCCAAAUGCGUUUACAAGUUCUGUUUUCAAGGGAGACUCGAAUCAACAUCAUGUCAGUAGGCUUGACUUUAACAGUACACCUGUUAAACACAGGGAAAGAAGACAUUUUCCCGAUAAAGGUAAACAAUUCUUUAUGCUCCCAUUCUGUGGAUAAGAGAAGGCUCACAAAAAUUUUUAGAAAAACCCACUAAUUUUCAAUUACUACAAACUCUGAUGGCCACAAAACAAGAAGAGUUAAGUUCCCUCUACGGUGCGUUUGUAAUCCUUGAUAAUAACCCUGAAAUUAAGUACGAGGAUUUUCGUAGGACUUCUUAAAAAUAGGUGCCUUCAAAAUUAGUCAUUAUUGAAAUGGCGUAUGAAAAAAUCCCAAGGAUAGUACAUGCAGGACAAUGUUUUUUCCAAGUGGCAGGAGAGUGGGGAGCUGUCUAGUGACUUUAAAUAGGGAGGCUUGCAGUCAGGCCAGUCAGGUCAAGCGUAUGCCCCCAAGAUGCCAUUAAUAAAUUUAUCAGUGGCAGAUUCAGACCUUCAGAUAAGGAAGGAGGCGGUCAUCCAGACCCUGAGAUAAGGUGGGGACUUGGUCUGAAAGAAAAAUUUUUCAGCCCUUCAGAGUUCAGUUUGGUCCAAAAAUAAGGGGGGGAGGCCCCCCUGGGUCCGCCACUGUCUAUUAUUCGAAAGUUGAAUCCAUUGGUAGUUGUAGAUUUCAGAUUCAUCUCUGCAUCCUUGCUUGCACACUCAAGGCAGUUAUGGAAUUUCUACCAGCUCAGUUUCCCUGAAUUUGAUGUAAAUGUCUUUCAAGCAAUUUUAUCUGUUUAAAGAUUUUCAAUAAGACCAAGUACAGAAAAGUUCUUGUAAAAUAUUCACUGCUCAUUAUGCUUGCAGAAAUGCUGAUUUGAAUUUGACACUAGUUACGGCGAUGACCAACAGAUUCACUUGAAAAGUCUUUUCAAAUAAUCAAUUCAUUUAUAGAAUCUUGGGCGGUACACUUGACUUGCCUUGACUGUAAGAGAGUCUCCUCUUAGUUAGUCUUUAUCUUCUCUGAAAAACCUAUGCUCUCCCCCGCCCUCUCCCCAUUUGCCUGGGGCUCCACCGUCCCCUUUUUCAGAAAAAAAAUCCCUUAGAAUGUUUCCUAUUAGCCUUUCUAUCCUUCACAUUCAGUGGCACCCAACAAAAUAUUGUUCAAAACCACUUAAAUGUAGCAUUGUUAAACGUAUUUUACUAUUUAAACGGUAGAUACAGGCAUAUUUUUAUCCCCUAAAAAUUUUUAAUCUACAGGUUCAGAUUUCCUAGCUGAAUUUAGUGAUCCGAAAAUUAUAGGAUUCAAAACUUACCUUUUGAAACUUUCAGGCAGAAAAAAGGCUCCUGAAAAUUCUAGGUGAACUUUUUCGGGUAAAAAUCCGUUAAAAAUGGGCAAUGAUACCAUUUUUUAGAUGUUCAAAAAUCCUAGGAGAGGCAGGCAAGCAAGAAAAUUUACAAAAUUCUAGAUCUCAAAUUGUCCUCUGAACAGGUAUUUUCCAAAAAUUGAUGUUGGGGGCCCCUGCAUGUUCCAUGCAUAAAUGGACUAAUUCACUUAGGGUGACUAAAUUCAGGCCUCAAAUAAUCAAGUUUUUGUAUAAUGUCUUUUCCAUUACAGAUAAAACUCAAUUGAAGUGACACCAACUGUAUGGAACAAGAAACAGCAAAGAAGGAAUGACCCAGACUCUUGUUUGAAAAUGAACUUUUAAUAUCUGUGUGAAACAGCU